GUCAGCAAAAUAUGAAGUGUAUGCGUCUUUUCUCUGUUCUUACAAAUCUAUGGUCAAACGAACAACUCAAAAACCACGGAGUCUCUUUUUCUCUCUCUACAAACCGUCGAAUUAAUGCCUUAAAUCUUCACUCGUUUUUGCCUCAAAUCCAUACCAACAACAGCCACGAUCAAGAUCCGGAAUCGAGAUCAUUGUGUCCAUGGAUCCGAUCAAGGAUCAAUUUGAAAUACGAAAUCGAGGUCAAGAACAGCAACAACUAGUUGUAGAUGAAGAAGAAGAAGAAGAUGAUGAUGAUGAUUUAGACUAUUUUGAUCUUCUUCCUGAUGCGAUUCUUCAUCUCAUCUUCAACAAAUUGAUCGAUGCUCGUUCUCUUAUUCGAUGCCUUGCCGUCUCCAAGCGAUUCGCUUCUCUCAUUUUGCAAUCCGAGACUGUUUUUCUUGCGAUUCCUCGUCCUGUACUUGAUUCGAAGCGGAAAUCGAGAGUCGGUCGUCGAUCGCCGCCGAAUUCCUUGAUUAGGUUUUUUGUUCGUAAGUUUGUGUUUACGCCUUUUCGUUUUAUUCGGCGUGUGAUUACUCGUACUUCGACGCCGAGUUCUGGAUUUGGCGAUUGGUACUACUGGCCGAGUGUUGCGUUGAAGGAAUUUAGAGGAAUUAAGUUCGUUCAUAUGGAACUUCCUUGCUGUGGCGAUGAAAUCGGCUCUAUUCAUGGCGGUGGUCCCUUGCUUAAGUGGAAGGCCGAGUUCGGUGCUGAAUUGAAGAGUUGCGUCGUUCUUGGAGCGUCGUCUUUGCGGCGGAAAUCGAUUGUUCAUUCUGAUUCAGAGGCCAAAGAAACAGAAGAAGAACGCGUAGUAGAAGCAGAUUCGGAAACGGAAUUGGGAGACGAAGAACUUAAACUAAGAAUUGUAUGGACGAUUUCAUCCCUAAUCGCUGCUUCCAUGAGACAUUAUUUGGUCAAACAGAUGGUAGCCGAUUUCCCGAUGCUACAGAGCGUGGUGAUAACCGAUUCAACAAAACAAGGAAGACUCUGUAUGGAGGAGAAACAACUCAAAGAACUGAGAGACUCGAUGAAAUCCUCCACUUCGAAUCAAUCUCCAGUAGAAAGGACUGUAAUACCAGAUCUGCACAUGAAGAUGUGGCAUGUGCCGGUGCUGGACCUACCAGCGUCCGGCUCGGUGAUGACGGCGGCGACUCUGGUCGUGAUCAGACCUAGUUCUGCAGGUAUUGCUUUAGAUGGAUUAGAUAAAAUGGGAGAUGAAUUCGACGCAGAAGAAACAGAGAAACAUGGAGCAUAUGGUGAAGCUGCGAGAAAAUUGAUGAAGUUGAAAAGAAACUACACCUUGGAGGUAAAUUCUUUCUGAUAAUCAAGAACUUCAUCGAUCACGAAUUCUUGUUCCCACUUUUUAGGGCUGUCGAGUAGAGAAUUGGUGUAAAUUUUGGUGAGCCUUUUAUUUUAUCUGUUAGGUUUGUGGUUUAGAUUCGUUUUGGGCAUCUAACCUUUUGUUUUUUCGUUUGGCUCAAAGAUUUAGGGAUUCGAUUUGUUGUAAAUGUUCGCUGACAUUUGGUGAUGUGUUAGGACAUAGAGAGGGUUUUUGCCUUUUUCACAUAUAGCUCCAAAUAUUUUCUCAUCAUAAACCUACUUAUUAUAUACAUAAUUUAUUUU